AUGGACACAUAUAGGAGUUUCUGGAGAGAUGCUAAUGAAGAAUUAAAAAUGAGUAAUGAUAACCUGCGAUAUCCUUCCAUUAGAGAUGCUCAGAAUGAAACUUCUUCCUCACUUAAUCUCAACAGCGACGAUAUUAUCACAUAUAUGCACUUACCUGGCUCACAACAAAGUGCCAUUUUUCACCAACUUGCUCUUUCCUCAGAUGACACUUCCAGUCAAAGCGCAACUGGUGAACAGAGCAACAUCGACAAUAAGUACUCAGAUUACUUGAAUAUCCUCGAUUACAAGGAAAAUGCCUAUAAAGAAUCAGAAACAGAUAAAAAAAAUUAUACUUGUUAUUACCCGGGAUGUACUGUGACCACGAAAAAUCACAAAGAAUAUCUAACACAUCGGAAAACACACAGUCAGCCCUUCAUCUAUGAAUGCAAAGUGUCCGGUUGUGGACGAAUAUUUGACCAUGAAUCAUCAUUUUACAAUCACAUACAGACGCAUGAACCUCGUCCUCAGUGCGAGGAUUGUGACAAAAUCUUCACCAACAGGAAUGCACUGCGAAAUGAUUAG